AUGUACCUUCUUUCAUUACCAAAAAACACGAAGGAUUUACUCGACUUUCUUAGGAAUUUGCAAAACAAAGAUGCACGGGAACUCAUUUCAAUAUACACACAGUCACUCACCCUUCUUACUGAUGAUAUUCAUAGUCUCUUUAUCUUUCUUGAUUACAUUAACUUGGCUUUGAGCAGUUCAGAAAUAGAAGGAACUAGAGAGGAAACAUUGGCAGAAAUAGACCAGCUCUUCAAUUUAUUCAAAGUCAAGUUAAGAAAGUUCCGCAUUUUCUGGAUAAACUAUCUGAAGUUUCAAGUUGAAUCGAGGAAAAAAGGAUUUUGA